CUCUCGUCUCGGUUCCGGGUCUGUUGUUGUUCUGUUGUUGGUCUGUUGUUGUUCUGUUGUUGUUCUGUCUUCCUCCUCCGGAGCUCAGCCUCCCUCCAGCGGUCUCCGCGGCUGCGUUAAGCGGAAGAAGGAGCUCGCAGUGCGGCAGUCGUGAAGCGGAGGAGUCGCUGCUGGUUGAUUGGCGGAGCGCCGCGAUGGUUAGCCACAGAACCCGGAAGUAGGCUAGCUGCUAGCUAACCUCCAGCUGCUAACACGUUUGUUGUCGUUGGGGAAGCCGGCAGCCGUCCUCUGAACAGGUGUCUGGUCAGAACUGCAGCGCCGGUCAGCACCAGAACUGUUCGGUGGUAAAUGUGACGGACCACAACAACUCAUCCAGCCUCACUAUGGCUCAGGACAGGGGCAAGUAUGACUUCUACAUCGGCCUGGGGUUGGCCGUCAGCUCCUCCAUCUUCAUCGGAGGCAGCUUCAUCCUCAAGAAGAAGGGGCUCCUGCGUCUGGCCAGGAAGGGCUCCAUGCGAGCAGGUCAGGGUGGUCAUGCAUACCUGAAGGAGUGGCUGUGGUGGGCCGGUUUACUGUCCAUGGGAGCCGGUGAAGCAGCCAACUUCGCAGCGUACGCCUUUGCUCCGGCGACCCUGGUGACCCCACUGGGAGCGCUCAGUGUUCUGGUCAGUGCGGUGCUGUCGUCCUACUUCCUGACGGAGCGGCUGAACCUCCACGGUAAGCUGGGCUGUCUGCUCAGCAUCCUGGGCUCCACCACCAUGGUGAUCCACGCUCCAAAGGAGGAGGAGAUCAGCAGCCUGGACCACAUGGCCAAGAAGCUGGUGGACCCAGGGUUUUUCGCCUUCGCCACCCUCGUCAUCAUCGUGGCGCUCAUCUUCAUAUUCGUGGUGGCUCCCCGUCACGGUCAGACCAACAUCCUGGUCUACAUCACCAUCUGCUCCGUGAUCGGCGCUCUGUCGGUUUCCUGUGUCAAAGGACUGGGCAUCGCCAUCAAGGAGGCCAUCUCCGGUAAGAGCGUGGCGAGGAACCCGCUGGCGUGGAUCUUGUUCCUGGGCCUGGUGGCGUGUGUGAGCACGCAGAUCAACUACCUGAACAAGGCCCUGGACAUUUUCAACACGUCCCUGGUGACGCCCAUCUACUACGUGUUCUUCACCACCUCCGUGCUCACCUGCUCCGCCAUCCUCUUCAAGGAGUGGGGUCACAUGGGCGCCGACGACGUCAUCGGCACGCUCAGCGGCUUCCUCACCAUCAUCGUGGGCAUCUUCCUGCUCCACGCCUUCAAGGACGUCAGCGUCAGCUUGGCGUCGCUCGCCGUGUCCAUGAGGAAGGACGAGCGGGCGUCUCCGGCGGCCAACGGCGUGGCGUCCCACUACGACCUGCUGCGCAACGAGUCCAGCGAGGACCUGGAGGACAGGGAGAUGGGUCUGCCUUUUGAGAGCGUCUCCAGGAGGAACGGGGCGAUGACGUCAUCGUUGGAUCAUUGAGGAACUCGUUCUCCUUCAGCUGCCUACUGACUCACCGACCGCGGCGUCGCUGUCGUCAUGACAACAAUGAGACAAUCAACUGUGUGUGGGACGGGACGGACCAGUGGAUUGUAUUUAACGUUUUGAUUUGCCUUACUCCUCCCAGACUGUGACCUGGUCAUCACUUAGAACUUAAUUUCAUUCCUCUGUAGCGCUGUAAAUAUGAGUUUUUUUAAGAGAUGUUUUGUUAUAUGUACAUGCAUUCUCAUGCACUGACUUACUUUCUAGAAAUCAAAACGAUAAAGGUUUUAAUAUAUAUUCUAUACGAGGUCCUGCUGACAUCUUAAAGGACCGUCACUAUGAUUUGAGUUUUCGUGAUACUUGAGGAAAAAUAACAAUUUUUGUUGGAGGUCGUUCUGAACUUUUUCUUUUGUAGCGUUUACAUGAAAAGCUCUCGAAAUGAACCAACAGAUUUGUUACAUAUUUAUUGAAUUAAAAUGAUUAAAAACACAAGGCACAGUGAAUAAAUGCUUAACAUGAGUAUGAGCGUUGUUACUUUUCCAUUUUAAAAUGUUUAGCAUGCGUGUUCAGCCAUAUAGAAACACUUAAAAUAUGUGACCUCCACCCUUAAUAUACCUCCACCACUGCAAACCCUUAAAUACUUAUCUGAUAAAACUAAUCUCACCUCCCUCAGCUAGAGCUUUCUGCAAGUAUAAAAUAAAGAAUAGUUCAUCCAAAAAGGGGAAAUAUCUAUUCAUAUCUGAUAAGGCACAAGUGAAUACAAAAAAACCAAAAGCAUCAUUCUGACA